GUUGACGUGGGCACUGAGUCUGUUCCGAUCCAUAUUUCCGCGGAUAAGAACAAGAAGAUGGUCGCCACAGAAAUUGCAUGCAAGAAGCUGCAGAGGUGUCUCGCUGACCGUGGCAUCCGCACUUUCCUCGACAAGGAUAAUGGUCAACUCAUGGCCAAGUGGGAGCCCCUGGUACGAGUGCUCCCAUUACCUGCGAGCAGAACGCCGAAAGUGGAAUGGAACCUAUCUGCACUGGCCGACAAUUGCUUGUCCAGGGAGGAGGCCAACGAGCUGGUUCGCCAGGACCCACGCGUUCGAGCCAAGGGUAAGAGCUUUGUCGCUGGUCGGGUUCUUCUGGUCACUAUCCAUAAUUCAGUGGUCGACUUCACCAUCUACCACUGGAACGUGCACAAUUUUGCCAUCGACGCCGCUGGUCUGAAGGAGAUCCAAGCAUGUAUAAAAUCUCAGCUUCGGCGAGUGCGCGAUGAGCCGAUGAAGUACACGGUGAUCCUCACGGGCGACUUCAACAUUCCUGCGAAGCCCAUCGAGCACCAUCGGGGAGAGGACCACGACGGCCACCUGCACACCACCUUCUGGGCCAUGUUCUCCGAGUCCGUCCUCUUCUUCAGCUUCGUCUCCUGCAUCCUCCCAACCACUUGCAGCUUCCUCCAGUACCGCGCCGACGAGGGCUUCACAGGGGAGGCAG